UCUUUCCCUACGGUAGCUCUCUCUUCGAGUAUACUCCCCCACCAUCUUCCCCUCUCAUAUCCAUCCUCCAUACACCACUUUGCCCUCCAUUGCAAUUAGGCCCGAAUACUUGUUCCCCUCUCACUCGCAACCGACUAAUCCUCCUGUCAUAAUUUUGCUAGGGAAAAACAUUCCUACCGUGUCGAAUCAAACAGCCCGCCUUUUUUUAUCCAGCUCUCCCCCCCAGUAAAAUUGUGGCAAGCCGCAUUUCCUCACAGCCAUACCUCUUCACAUUGGUCAUUCCGCAACGCAUUGGCCAUUCCACCAUUCCCGCGCCGGAGGGUUACCAUAGACUUCCUCCGCAAUCCGAUAUCUAACCUGCAUACAUCUUUGCAAGGGCUAAACUACAUUUUUACAGAAAAUGUUGCAAAACUCCCUUCACACUUCAUCUCCCCUCUCCCCUCUUUCCUCCCCAAUAUCUCCUCCCCCCACCGCCGAGCCCACCGCCCCCCAUCAAGACUUCUCAUCCAGCAGCUCCAACCCGCCACAUUUGUCAACCCGCCAAAGGCUUCCAUCGUCUUAUAAGCCGCCCUACACCCGUCCUCGAUCCGCCGAACCAGUAGGCUUUCGCUCGCCCGUAUUGGUCUCGCAGGGCUUUGGCACUCUACCAACACUGCCGGCGACAAACUCUAUCCCGACGACACUUUCAAGUGCUGAUAUUGGGGAAGAGGAAGAGGAAGAUCUUGGACACGAGGGUGUUUCUCUAUCUGCGGCCGACCAGAGCCCAUCAGCCCCAAGCAGGUCACCUCCACCACCCCCCAGAAUUGACAUCACUCCAGCGCAUUCGGAGCGAGCAGAUAUGCCUUUUAAGCUUCCACAACAGCAGAAGCGCGAGGGCCCAAGCCCUAGACACAAACCUACCCCGGCUCCCGUCCCGCGAUACCAGGCUCUCGAAACGCCGGUGCCAUCCACUCUAUCCCGGGCAAUGAACAAGGAUGGCAUAGUACGCCCGGCGAGCGCUAACGCAAAUCCCAUACCAGCAUUUUCGCUCCCGCCUUCCCCUCCGCUAACGAGACGGUCAACGGUUGUUCAGUCCGUUCGCUCAUCGGCCCCUAAAUACGCCCCUUCACUCCCUCCACUGCAGCCGUCGAGGAGCCUGGCACCCGGACAGGAUGGCACUCUUCUUGGAAGGCCUUCAACAUCCUCAUCAUCAUCCACUGUUUCCGUGAGAGAAGUGACAAAGCUGGGCAAAGCCCUGGGACGACAGCCCAUAGACUAUCUCAUCCCAUAUGGCGCUUUGGAUGUCCCAGUUUCGGAUAAUUUUCAUCCCUACCAGGAUCCCCACUCGCUCACCAAUUCCCCCAAAACCGAGCUCCCCGUCGCCGACGUCUUUGGCAACUUGAACUAUCUGUUGGAAUCCUACCUCGGUAUCCUCUCCAACGGGGGCAGUAUGGCGGUCGGUACUGGUUAUCGAAGCGUUGCUCGGAAGUUGCUCCAGCAGGUCGGCGGCGUAUUCAAUCGGGAAGUCGGCGUGGAAGGGAUCGACUGGUCCGACAUAUUGGAGUACAUUCGCGGUGACGAGCAGAAGCCCUGUCUCUGUGUUCUUCCGGUCAAGGGCCUUAUCCAGCGAAAUAUUGAUACUGCGACAAUUCUAAGUGGUGCCGAACCGGCUUCCGAAGUGGGCCUUCAAGCGCCUCAACAAACCAAGGAGCUCGCCGAGUCGGUUGUAGCUGGCGUAAGGGAGAAGUCUGGAACGGGUAAAGUGCAGGAAUGGCUGGAGGAAGUAGAAAAGGUCUUGCGGCAACAGCCUCCUCCAUCUCCAACAGUAUCCACGGUCCCCGAGGAAGUAGAGCACGAGUAUGAGGACGAGGUGGUCACUCAGAUUAUCGAAGGGAUUCUGCCGACCCCCGCUCAAAUCGAGGUCUUUAGAUCUUAUCUUACCGACCAUGCCUAUCUUGCAUCAACCAGGGCGGCGCUCAUGCGACUAUAUCCUCAGCAUCCAGCAGUAUCAAUCACAAAACCAAUCGUAGCGCUAUAUCUCCUCUUGCACGUCGAACUUCAUCCCAUGCUGGCGGCUAUUGGGGGACUCUCCGAUGCUGAGAUGGAAUUGAUAAAUUCUGGUCGUUUUGAUGGAUUUCUUGACGGAAGCACUAAUGCUGUGCCCAGGGACGAAGAGGAAGAGCUCGGCUGUAUUACGGAUCUCCACAAGAAACUUGCUCGUGUCAUGUACACUCUUGACGACGAGCUGGCGGAGCUUCACAACCGCGCACUCAUUGUGCGACAAGCACUCAAAGAACGCAUAGACGCCAUCGCGACGAGGAUGAAGAAGAAAGCACCCGAGAGCGAAUACGGCGGUGACAAUACCGUUGUCGAUGGCGGCGAGGAUGUAGCCGUGGGAGGCGAAGAUGAGCAAGACGAUCUCCUGUCACCACUUGUGCCCGUGGAAGAGUGGGAUGGUGGCAAAAGUAUCCUGCUCAGUCCAGACGACUCGGCGAGCAAUGUUCAUUUUAGUCGAAGACGGCGAGAAGCUCGGCAAGAGAUGGAGGAGAGCGAGAAGAAACGAGCAGAGAAGAAGGAACGGAAGGAGAUCAAGCGCCGUGAGGAGGAGCGGCGGGCCGGCAGACAUGAGCCUCAAGAGGAUUGCGCGGCAAGCACUACAGUUUCCAAGAGACGAAAGGAGAAGAAGGGAGAGAGGAGGGAUAGAAGGUCAGGUGAGGGCACUGAGAGUGGAAGUAGCACGAAGCGUGGACGAAGUAGGAGGAGAGGUGAGGGCGAGGAACAAGACGGGGAGAGGGAGAAGAAAGAACAUAAAGAGAGGAAAGACGAGCACCGGGAAAGGAAAGAAGAGAGGGAAAGCAGAAGGGAGGAAAGGGAAAGUAGAAGGGAAGAGAAAGAACGUGAGUUGAGGGAGAAGGAUAAGAAAGACAAGAGCUGGUCACGAGCUCUCGGCGGUAUCAAUAUCAAGUGGGGCGAGAAGGCGGGGGAUAUGGGAGCAGUGGCCCCGGAAAAGGAGAGAAAGGGAUAGGAAGUAGAAGGGAGUUAUAGGAGAGGGCAAACGAUUGGCUUGCGAGUCAGUGGCUUCACCUGUAUAGAUGGUGGGAGGCGUUUUUGUACCUUUUUUGUUAUGGUUUUGGUUUCAUAUCCUGGUGUUUUUUGGUUUCCGAUUUUGUUGAUUAUAAGGAAAAAGUACAUUUUGUAUGCCGGCACAGUUUACUAUACCAUUAUUUUCUUUCCUAUUUCCUUUGAGGUGCAGCUUCUGGCUUGUGGAUCAUGUCUUGACGGUAUUAGUGAUUGUCUCUAGUCUUUCCUCGGUGCACUAUUUCUUUUGUCGCGAGUGGCAUGGGGGAUCGAAAUGCGGAAUCUAUGGAGAUGGGUGAGGGGGAGCUGUACCAACCUUUGUAUCAGUAGCUUCAAGCUCUCUCUACUCUGUUAUCAUUAAA